AUGCCAAUAUUAAUCUCGCAGAGGGGCCUGUUUUUCGGUCUUUUCUUCGCAAUCUUCGCCAACGCACAGACCUGUGAAAAUUACGGUCUACCCAACGAAUCCUCCUGCCAAUGCCCAACAGGUUUUGGAGGCGCGACAUGUUCACAGCCCGGGUGCGGAGGGACAAUCUUUCAAGGGACGCAACGUCCUCUCGCUGCUUCACCAGGCAGUUUCGCAAACUUGACCGCUGCAGGCUGCUCCUGCACUAGCGGAUGGAUCGGGACUGGGUGCAACGUUUGCCAGAGUGCGGACGCAUGCCAGAGCGGUUUUGCAUCCACUGGCACCGUGGAUGCCAAUCCCACGACCUUGGGAGCUCAAGGCAACGAGACCAUGACCUGCAAUACAGAAGCCCGGGUAUACGCUUCUAGCCAGAUGAGCUGUCGCGUCGAUAACCCAACUCUACGAGCCCUCUACCCCCUAUCAUCUACAUUGAACAUCCAAAGAACGCUCCAGCCAACCCUCAGCCCCAUACCUAACACGACGUCCUUCGGUUCGGCCGGCAGUGCCUUUGCCCAACUGUUCUACGACGGCGUAGAACAAUUUUAUUGCCAAGCGAACUCGUGCGUCCAAGACCUCGGGACGACAGCUAGUGGCAGCGCGAAUUGGGAAUGCCAAAACCUCCAAUGCACAUGCAGGCCUGGAGCAACGUUUUGUGGUGGUGUUCCCGCCACUGAUCUCACGAGAGCAAUCGAUGGCUUGACAGGGACGCUCAGCAUUAACUGCGGUGCCGUUGAUGCCUCAACUGGAACCGCGACGUGCAAUUUCCAACAAGCAACUUUGCAAGGCCUUUUCGGAGCGAAUGGACUGACGCUCAAUGGGUGCACGUUCGGAGAGUGCGUACGGCAGAAUGUGAUUGAUGGUGCUGGUGGCGGCACCAACUCGACGAGUACAGCUGCGGAGUCGGCUCAACCUCUGAGCAACGGGGUUAUCGCUGGGCUCGCUGUCGUCGGCGGCUUGCUUCUCUUGUCCUUGCUACUGCUUGCCCUCGGCCUAAGGACGCAACGGCUGGCAAGGAAGAACGCAGCCGAGUACGAGAAGAACAGGGUGUCGUUGGAGUGGUCUUCUCUCAGCUACAUCCUUCCUGGUGCAGGCAAGAAGGGCGCAUUAUUCGGCCUGUUUGGGAAACGAAAAGGCAGCGAAUCGACUGAUGUCAACGACGACAAAGUGAUCUUGGAUAAUGUCAGUGGAAAGGUUAAACCCGGAAAGAUGAUGGCGAUCCUUGGACCAAGUGGUGCUGGAAAGACAACUCUCGUCGAAAUCCUUGCCGGCAAAUCAAAGUCAGGCAUCGUCUCCGGAACCUUCGGUCUGCUCUCCAACUCUACGUCCUCCAAUGCAGACGAUGCCCCUCGUAUCGGCUUCGUCCCACAACAAGAUAUUCUCCCAGCCACCCUGACCGUAUUCGAAGCUCUCCUCUUCGCAGCACGCCUCCGACUGCCAGAGUCGAUCCCUGACGUUGAGAAGAGACGACGCGUCGACGUCCUCCUCGAGAAGCUGGGUAUUUCGUCGAUCAAGGACCAGAGGAUUGGAGAUGUGUCCAGCGGCGGUGGAAAGGCACGGGGCAUUAGUGGUGGCGAGAUGAGGCGGGUGAGCAUUGGACUUGAGCUAAUUGCUGAGCCGGAUGUGCUAUUACUGGAUGAGCCAACGAGUGGGCUUGACUCGGUGUCAGCGAAGAGGGUUGCGGACGUGUUGGGUGCGAUUGCGGAGGAGGGCACGCCAAUUGUGGCUUCAAUACAUCAGCCGAGUUCACAACUCUACCACAAAUUCGACCUCGUCAUGCUCCUCGCUCAUGGACGCGCACUCUACUCUGGCCCAGGUGGGUUCGCACCCGCCGACUACUUCUCAGGUAUCUCCCAGUCCGGUUCGGUCGCGAUUCCGCCGUACCAACAAGGCUACAACGUCGCCGAGUACCUGCUCGAGGUGGCGAACGACCCCCCGGUUGGCCUGUUCCAGGCGCAGGUGCAACAUCAGCAACAGCUGAAGGAGCAAGAGCAGUCGCAUGGGACAGGCACGACAGUGGGCACGAGCGAAGUCGAUGGGCAGUCCCAAGAGGAGAAGGUCAUGGGGUCGCCCGACAUCAACAAGUUGGGUAAUGGCGGUGCUGCGAAGACUGUACGCACGAAGGCACGGACGGGAUACGCAACUACGUUCUUGACACAAUUUGAGUACCUGUGUGGGAGAGAGUGGAAGAACCUAAAGCGCGAUAAGACCCUAUUCUUGACGCAUGUGGGUGUAGCUGCUGUGCUUGGGGUGUUCUGUGGUGGCCUGUACUUCAACACAGGCAUCACGAUCGCCGGCUUUCAAUCGCGUGUGGGGUGCUUGUUUUUCCUUGGUGCCUUGAUCGCCUUCUCUUCCCUCAGUGCUCUGUACAACAUGGUCGAAAUUCGACCGCUUUUCCUGCGCGAACGUUCUAGUGGUUACUACAGCCCGACAGCAUGGCUCCUCUCUCGUUUCUUCUUCGACAUGAUACCCCUCCGACUGAUACCCAACAUUAUUGUUUCAACUAUCACUUACUGGAUGGCCGGCCUCGCAAGCGACCCGGCCAACUUCUUCAAGUUCCUGCUCAUCAUCGUGCUCUACAGCUUGGCCAUGACUCUAUUUAACUUCCUCCUUGGCACCCUGUUCCAAAACGGCGGCAUCGCUAUCCUGCUCUCUGCGCUCUCAGCUCUAUACCAAAUGACGUUCGCUGGCUUCUUCGUACACCUCUCCGACAUCCCGCCCGUCCUGCGUUGGCUCCAGUGGUUCGCGCCGCUCAAGUACACUCUCGAGGCACUCUCAGUCAACGAGGUCGACUCAGGCCUCAUGAUCGAAGAUUCGCUCCAGGGCGUUCCCGUCAGUAUUUCAGCGAGUUUGAUAAUGAAUAUCCUCUUCGGUUUCGGGUUAGACAAUUACUAUCGAGACGUACUUAUUCUCGUUGGGUUCAUUGGGGGCUUCGGUGUCGGCGUCAUCGGCGUUGUAUGGUUCAGCGUUCGGGAACGGAGAUAA